AUGCCUCUCACGAACGGUGUCAAUGGCGCCAAGCCUAGCACUUUUCUCUUCACCUCAGAGUCCGUCGGACGAGGGCAUCCAGACAAGAUCUGCGAUCAAGUGUCCGAUGCUAUCCUCGAUGCAUGUCUUGCUGAAGACCCUCUGUCGAAGGUAGCCUGUGAAACAGCCACCAAGACCGGCAUGAUCAUGGUGUUCGGUGAAAUCACCACCAAGGCGCACAUUGAUUAUCAAAAGGUCAUCCGUGGCGCAAUCAAAGACAUUGGGUACGACGACUCGGGCAAAGGAUUCGACUACAAGACAUGCAAUGUUUUGGUAGCCAUCGAACAGCAAUCUCCUGAUAUUGCACAGGGUCUUCAGCUUGACCAAGCGCUGGAAAAGCUGGGUGCCGGUGACCAGGGUAUAAUGUUCGGCUACGCUACCGACGAGACUCCUGAACUACUACCAUUGACUGUCCUCUUUUCCCACAAGCUGAACAAGGCAAUGGAUGAUGCCUCGAAAAAUGGUAGCCUGCCAUGGUUGAGACCCGAUACCAAGACUCAAGUCACGAUUGAAUACAAGCAUGACCACGGUGCAGUGAUUCCAAAGCGUGUAGACACCGUUGUCAUCAGUGCGCAGCACAGCGAGGAAAUUACUACUGAGAAGCUUCGAAAGGAGCUCAAAGAAAAGAUCAUUCCAGCUGUCAUACCUUCUCAUUAUCUGGAUGAGAAGACCACAUAUCAUAUCCAACCAUCUGGUCUUUUCAUUAUUGGUGGACCUCAAGGUGAUGCGGGCGUGACUGGCCGUAAGAUCAUUGUCGAUACCUACGGUGGCUGGGGCGCCCAUGGAGGCGGUGCAUUCUCAGGCAAGGACUACUCAAAAGUCGAUCGGUCGGCCGCUUAUCUCGCCCGAUGGGUCGCCAAAUCCAUAGUGCACGCAAAACUUGCAAGGCGGGCACUGGUACAGCUUUCAUACGCCAUUGGUGUCGCUGAGCCAUUGUCCUUGUUUGUCGAGACCUAUGGUACUUCGGACAAGUCAUCAGAUGAAUUGGUCGACAUUAUCAAGGCCAACUUCGACCUAAGACCAGGUGUCAUCGUCAAGGAGCUUAACCUGACCAACCCUAUCUACAACAAAACUGCCCAGAACGGCCAUUUCACCGACCAGAGCUAUACUUGGGAGCAGCCAAAAACUCUGAAAUUCUGA